UAAAUAGUGCAUUUUUUGUCAUCCACAUUCGACGCCUCUUUGUUAGGGCAAGCAUUUCCCAAAGAGGGUCCUCUCUCUCUCCGGAAUCAGAAGAAUAAUUCCUUGGCAUCUCAAAACUCUUCCUUUAAUGGUUUUUUGUCUUUCUACAAAAGUAAAAUUUCUUUGUUAGGUUAGGCUAGCUUAGGUUAGGUUAGGUUAGGGCUGUAAAUUAAAGCAACACAUUCAGAUUUUUAGUUUAGUUCGGAAGGAAAAAAAAAAAAAACAAAGUUGAAAUCAAAACCAUGACUUCAGUCAUCAAGAUCGACGAUGAGCAAAUAGUCAACGCUCUUCCUAAUCUCUCCCUUCAAGAUCAGGAAAUGAAGAAUAAAGGAGCUGUUGGUGAGGAGGGUUGCGAAAAUCAUAGUGGAAUAUGCGCGAUUUGUUUAGAUAAGAUAGUGCUGCAGGAAACUGCUCUUGUAAAAGGUUGCGAGCAUGCUUACUGUGUGACAUGCAUCCUUCGAUGGGCUACAUACAGUAAGAUGCCUACAUGCCCUCAGUGUAAACAUCCAUUUGAGUUCCUCAAUGUUCAUCGUUCACUUGAUGGCAGGAUCAAUGAUUACAUGUUUGAGGAAAGCGUGUGCCUGCUUCUUAGAGCUGCAUGGUUUGAACCUUUGAUUGUGGAGGAUCGUGAAGAGGUGUAUGAUGAUUUGGAAGAUUAUUAUCCAUAUGAAGAUGAGGAUGAUGAUCAAGACGAAGCUUAUUAUGCCAGUUCACCAAGUCUCCGCAUUGGUAAUCGAAGAUGGGGGGAUAAUGGAUAUGUCAGAUCAGGGCGGCAAGAAGCUAGGCCUGUUCAACGAUCAAAUUUCCAAGACUCUGGUGCUGGGUCCUCACGAGAGCCUAAGAAGAAAGAGGUUGCAAAAAGUACAAUGGGGCGACGGGCAAAGAGGGCACUUAAGCGUGAAGCUGCUGAUAAGGCAGCGGCAGCAAAACAUCAAGAGCAUUUGAUGAGGCUGGGGCGGAAGUGAUUUCAUAGAUGUAAAGUGCCUAAUAAACAUUUUACCAAAAGAUAAAGGUGCCCAAUAAAGCCGAACCCCCGUCUGUCUUUGAUCGUCACUUUUGUACAGUAUUUCCGUGCUUUUUCUGAAACAAAAUAAUGCCAUUGGCCCUUGGGCGGUGGAAUUAUGGGUUGCUAACUUCUUGGUGGGAUCUCUUGUAGCUUCAUAUUUUCAUUCCAUUUAACUCCCAAAUGACAUUGCUAAUCUUUCUUGUAUAGCUAGCUUUUUAGCAAAGAAGAAAAAAAGACUUGCGUGUCUACUUACACAAUGGAACUUGUAGAUUGUGGAUUUGGAAGAGGGCUAAAUUGUUUAAUAUUAGUCUAAAUUUUAGCU